CUUUAUUGUUUCUGGGCUUUGUCUUUCGAACAGGAGCUGCUCGAAACAAAAUGAAUCCAGUCCUCAUUGGCCUUCUUCUGUUUUUGUCUUUAUCGUCAUCGCCAAUCAUCCUGUCGGCCGAUGCAAAAGUCACUCAGAUAGAUGUUCCACUUGGAUUCAGUAAAAACUAUGAAAUGUUCAUCAAAGUGGAGGGAAUAAAAUUCACACUGGAUGACGACCAGUUGGUAAUGAAAGAUGCUGACUGCACAACUACUGUCGAUCUAUCCGAACCCGACCACUUCGAGAUCCAGGAUAAGAAGGCCAUUCGUGAAGUGACAAAGAUAUGCGCUUCAUGGUUCACCAAGGGAAAGAAGAAAGCCAGGGUACUGUGAUACAAAUACUCACAAUCGCCAUAUUUAUCCACGAUAAAUUCACUUCAUUUCAUUUAAAUAAAAUUAUACCAAAUAAAUCUGUUGUCAUCCGG